AUGUCCUCUGCUCAAGAUUCCGCCACCAAGAUCUCUAUCGAUAGAUUCGAUGGAGACAACUACGCGACGUGGAGCCGCUACAUGCGUGGCGUGUUCCUGACCAAGUCGACGUGGCACGUGGUAAACCGGGAGACCAUCCCCACCUUCGCCGAUCCUCGCGCCAGUGAUGAGUGA